UUAAAGUUUCUCCAAAAUCAAGAAUGGUAUAAAAGAAUGGCUACUUUAGCAAUCUUGAGAAAUUGGUUAGUUCUACUAAUUCAUUUCUAAAAGAUAUUUAUAUUAACUUUUGUAAUAAAAAUAUUCAUGACAAAAGUUCUUUAAUCAUAGGUUCUUUUUUAGAAAAUUGUACAAAUCUUUUAAUUUUGAAAAUUGAUUUAAGUUGUAAUAAAAUUGGUGUUUAGGGUGCUUUAGAAAUAACUAAGUCUCUGAUAAAAUGUAAGAAUCUAAAAAAAUUAGACUUAAAUCUUAGCUGCAACCAAAUUAGUUCUUUGUAAGGCUUAGGUUCUUCUCUAGCUUAAUGCUAUAAUCUUUCAAAUUUAACUCUUGGUUUUAAAUCAAAUAAAAUUGACGAUGAGGGUACUUAAAUCUUAGGCUUUUCUUUGGCAAAGCACAUUAAUAUUUUAAAUUCUGAAAUCUCCCUCUAAGAAAGUAAAUAAACUAAUUAAGAUAGUUCUUAAGAAUAACUAGCUAGUACUAAUAUCUAAAAACUUAGUCUCGAUCUCAGUAACAAUAAAAUUGGUGCUAAGGGUGUUUAAGGCUUAUGUGAUUAUUUUACAAACUGCAAAAAUCUUUCAAGUUUCACACUCAAAUUAUACGCUAAUAAAAUUAAUCCAGAAGGUGCAUCAAUCUUAGGAUCUUCUUUUGCUAAAUGUAGCAAUCUCGAAAUUUUAGAGUUGGAUUUAGGUGGUAAUAAAAUAGGUGAUGAGGGCGCUUAAUCCAUUUGUUUUAAUUUAGUAAAGUGCAAUAAUCUCUCAAAUUUGAUACUUAAUUUUUUCUCUAAUAAUAUAAAUGCUGUUGGUGCAAAAGGUUUAGGUUCUUCAUUAUCAAACUGUAUUAAUCUCAAUAGUUUGAAUAUUAGAAUUGAUCGUAAUUUAUUUGGGUCUUAGGGUGCAUUAAAUUUAUUUUCUGAUUUAUCAAACUGCUCUAAUCUAUCAAAUUUUUAUCUUGAACUCAACUAGAAUUAAAUUGGAGAUGAAGGUAUAGCUAAUUUAGGUUCUUGUUUAGCAAAAUGCUCUAAUAUCUAAAAUUUAGUACUCAAGAUCUUUUAUAAUCAAAUUGGUUCUUAAGGUAUGUCAAGUUUAGGUUCUUCUUUAUCUAAAAUUACUAAUCUCUCAAAUUUGAGACUCGAUAUCAGUGGCAACUAAAUUGGUGAAGAUGGUGCGUAAGGCUUCUCUUAAUCAUUUUAAAAUUUCAUGAAUCUCUCUAAUUUAAACCUUACCUUCAAUGAUAACUCUAUCAAUGACAAAGGUGCAUAAAGCUUAUUUUCCUCUUUAAAAAACUGCACUUAUCUCUAAAAACUAACUCUCACUCUUUGUAGAAAUAGUUUUGGUGAUUAAGGAAUUUAAGUCUUAGGUUUUUCUUUAAUGAAUUGCAAGAAUCUUCUUUACUUAAAUCUUAAUUUUUGCGACAAUUUAAUUAGUGGAUAAGGUGUAUUAUCCUUAGGUUCUUCAUUAAGGAAAUGUAUUUUUAUCUAAAAAUUAUAUAUUGACUUUAGAUCAAAUAGAAUUAAAAAGGCUUUAAAAAAGGCUUUUUAAAAUUAAUGCCUUAAGUUAAUGAGACUAAUAAUUAAAUCUAUAAAUUUGUGAUAGAGAUCACUAUUAUUUUAUUUUUUUGACGACAUAUGAAAUCUUCACUAAAAGAAAAUUACCUUGCAAUAUAUAAAUAUUAUGAGCAUUUAUUUUUAAAUUUAUGUUCUAAUUUAGUAUUUUAU